ACCAAGUACCAACCCACCCACACAAACACAUAUAGUGAUGGAACUUGUCCAUUUCAGCCAUGAGCAUCCACUGUUCUUCAAGGAAGUGCGAAAUGAUAAAGGCCAAAAAGUUAUCUGUCGUGGGUGUCAGAAUUCGAUCAUGGACACUGCGUAUAGCUGUGGUAAGUGUGAUUACUUUCUGCACAAAAGAUGUGCAGAACUCCCCCGACAGGUUAAAGAUCCCAUACACUCCCACCAACUAGCCCUCCAUGAAGAUUCGCCUUACGGUUUAUUUACCAAAUACAUAUGUAAUGUCUGUAGAAAAGUUGGGGAGUACAGUUUCAACUACUUUUGCUCCCCUUGCAAGUUCAAUAUCUGCAUGUCAUGUUUCAUGGGAGACCGCACCAUUACACAUAAAAGUCAUGAGCACCCAUUAGUCCUCCUGAGUAGGCCAGCCUUUUUCUAUUGUAAUAUUUG